AUGCUGGAUUCGCCAGACAAAUCUACAUUCAAUGAUUAAACUCUACAGGAAACUCCUGACUUUGGUCAAAAAGAAAGAAAUAGAAUAUGCUCAAUAACUGAGAGAAAAAUUAGGAAAUUUGAUCAACUAAAUCUAGCUGAGACAAAAUCAUAGCACCAUCAAAAGCACGAGAAAUAAAACAGUCAUCUUAAUUAAGAGAAAGAAAAGUUGAUUGAAAUAGCGUAGUAAAGAAAAGUAUAAUUAAAUAGAAAAUAGUAAAAUAAGCUAGUAAAGCAAAAUAUUAGUAAUGGAUAAGUGGACUAAAAUUGCGUAGAGAUGCAAAGUAAAAUAAAACUGGCAAAAAGAAAUUCUGGUUCUAGAGCAAGUAAUGUCAUGGAUAUUGGGUUUGAAACUAAUAAGAGAAUUAGGACUGACAUGAAAUAAAACUAAGCAGAAGAAAAAAUAAUAUAGAAGUAUAAAAAUUAAUAAGAAGAAGACAAAAGUGAGGAAUCUUUUGAAAUAGAUGAAGAUGAUUGUGAAGGAGAGUUUGAAGAAGGAGAAAAGAAAAAAGAUAAAAAAUUGGUGUUUUUGAGUAGAUCAGUGCUUGAGAAAAUCAGAGAAAAACCUAUGACCACAGGGACCCAAAUUGCCAAUGAAAUUCUUGAAUUAUACAAAUAAUUUAGUGAAGUAAGUUAUACCUAAUCUUAAUGCUUGACUUAGAAAGUUGAUUUUAAGAAUGUGCAAAGAAGAGUUUAUGAUGCUUUGAAUGUGCUGAAUGCAAUGGAAAUCAUUAAAAAGGACAAAAAUCAAAUAUUCUUUAACAGUAAGAAUACAUUGGUGCCUAUAGAGACUAAUAAUUCGAUCAAAUCUUCUCUGAAAUUACAAAUUACUGAGGAUUUUAUUAAGCUGAUGGAUAGAAAUUUUGAUUAAUCGAUGAGACAAAUUUAGAGGUUAAAAGCUGAGGAACAUGAGUCUCCCAAAUCUGAAUAGGCUAUGACAACUGCUGAAGAGAGAACUCAGACAGAAAGUCAUCCGGGUUCAACUGAAAAGUUAUUCUUACCUCUACUUCUUAUUUAGGAAAGCAAAAAUGGAUCAAUAGAACUAAAAACUGACCCAAACUAUUAGAGUGUAUAGAUAUUUUCUGACAAAAAACUGAGGAUCAUCAAUGAAAAUCAUCUACUGAAAGCUUUAGGAUUUACAAAGGUCAGAGAAGACGAUAUCAGUAGCAUUUUUUCAGAAGAGCUUACAUAAUUUAUGAGAAAUUAAGAAUUUGUAUCUACUCAUCACACAUAGUAGCAAAUACAUUAGGAAGAAAAAAAUGAAAAAAUAUAACUAAAUGCAUAGGCAAAGAAGUAGCUUUAACCACUUAAGAUUCAAUAAUAAUUGUAAGGGAUCAGCAAUAAAUUCAAAAAGUUUUCACCUAAGAUCAUUAGCUCUGAAAGUGCUCAAAUAUAAUAUCAUAGAUCCCAUUCUUGUUUCAUGAGUAAUGAAUAGAAUAAAGGUAAUUUGACAGGGAGUUUCAGUUAAAUUAGACAGAACCUUUAGGAAAAUAAAAUAAAUAAUAAAACAAAUUAAUCUUUUCAACCAAGAGAAUAAUAGAAAAAUAAUCUUUCAUUCUUAGAGUAUCCAUUCUAGAACUUGAAAGGGGAGCAAGGAUUUAGGCCUCAUCAAAAGAGUUUGUUCAGACAAAAAAGCAUGGAUGAGGGUAAUAAUGAGAACUCUGACAUCUUUAGUAGCAAUUAAAACUCAGCCAAGAUUAAUAUUCAUAUCAAAUAAAUCCCUUCUAAGAUAUAUAACUUGACUAGUCCUUAUAGAGAUUAGUUCUAACAUAAUAGCAACUUAAUUGAGGGAAGUUUCUACAACUUAAAUGGUAAUAACCUUUACUCUGAAGGUUCAAGUGCAGUCUUCAACAGAGAAAGUUCAUUCUAAGAGUAAAACAAUUAGGCAUGCAUUUUAAAUAGCUAGGAACUUCAAUUCUUGCCUUAAUCUUAUCAUUAAUGA